CUCCUCCUCCUCCUUCCUGCCUGGCUCCGCCGUUCCAGUGCCAGUCCCACUGUUCCGAGCGUCCUGCGCCUCAAACAAAAGCGGGGUCCUGCGAGGAAGGCGGCGGACGACGACGACGAGGAGGUGGAGUUUCGCCGCCCGAGUGAGGGGUCAGCGACGAGGCGGGCCGCUUUCCUGCUUGCCUGCCUGGCUGGCUGGCUGGCUGAGGGAAAGUUUGCGCGGCUUUCCUCGUCCACACUGAGGCGGGUUUUCUUCACAGGGAUUAAGCGGCGGGUCUCCAAGCGCCUCUCUCUCUCUCUCCCCUCACACACAACAAAAGCAAAGGAAGACUUGAGGCAGAGGCGCCCUUCUUUCGCCUUCUCCUUCUCCUGAGGAGGCAGCGCCGCCUCCCUUGGCCUCAGGCGUCGCCUCAGGAGCGCACUAUUGUCCCGGGCCCCGCCGCGGGCCCAGCAUGGACGACCAGCCCCGGCUGAUGCACUCCCACGCGGCGUCGGCGGUGGUGGGCAUGGCCGGGCACCCGGGCCUGGCGCAGCACUUGCCCGACGGCGCCGGGCCCGCCGAAAACGAGGGCGGGCGCAAGCAGGACAUUGGAGACAUCCUCCAGCAGAUCAUGACCAUCACCGACCAGAGCCUGGACGAGGCGCAGGCCAGAAAACAUGCUUUAAACUGUCACAGAAUGAAACCAGCACUUUUUAAUGUCUUGUGUGAAAUCAAAGAAAAAACAGUGUUGAGUAUUCGAGGGGCUCAGGAAGAGGAACCAACAGACCCACAGCUCAUGAGACUGGACAACAUGCUCUUAGCAGAAGGGGUAGCAGGACCCGAGAAAGGAGGGGGUUCUGCAGCAGCGGCCGCAGCAGCAGCAGCAUCUGGGGGUGCCGGCUCUGACAAUUCUGUGGAACACUCUGACUACAGAGCAAAACUUUCUCAGAUUCGACAGAUCUACCACACAGAGUUGGAAAAAUAUGAACAGGCAUGUAAUGAGUUCACUACCCACGUGAUGAACCUGCUGCGGGAGCAGAGUAGGACCCGGCCUAUCUCACCCAAGGAGAUAGAGCGGAUGGUGAGCAUCAUCCACCGCAAAUUCAGCUCCAUCCAGAUGCAACUGAAACAAAGCACAUGUGAAGCUGUCAUGAUCCUGAGGUCUCGAUUUCUUGAUGCACGGAGGAAAAGAAGAAAUUUCAACAAACAGGCUACAGAAAUCCUCAAUGAGUAUUUCUAUUCCCACCUCAGCAACCCCUACCCCAGUGAGGAAGCCAAAGAGGAACUAGCCAAGAAAUGCGGUAUCACAGUCUCACAGGUAUCAAACUGGUUUGGAAAUAAGCGAAUCCGGUACAAGAAGAACAUAGGUAAAUUUCAAGAGGAAGCCAAUAUUUAUGCUGCCAAAACGGCUGUCACUGCUACAAAUGUGUCAGCCCAUGGAAGCCAAGCUAACUCACCCUCAACUCCUAAUUCAGCUGGUCAAGACCUUAAACAGGAUGGCCAACCUAUGUAUGGAUUCAUCUAACAAUAGCAGCCUGCAUUCUGAUCAUGCACUGGGCCCUCACUUCGUAGCUGUCAUUAACUUUCAGGUCUCAAAGCCAAGCAAAAAUAUGGAACUUUCAUCUUGUUGACCUAUACUGGAAAUGUGCUUGUUAUCUCAGAAAUUGUGUGACAUUCUUGUCAAACAUAGGAACUAAUUGAACGAACUAAGCUUAUUCGCCUCCUGAUUGACUGCUCACCUCCUGCUAUCUGCUAACUGAUAGAAAUUGAACCCAGUUGAUGUGGUCAUAGUGUAUUUUCCCCACCUCUUUAAUAAAUCUAUUUUUAAUUCUUCUCAAUCUACCUUUUGUGUUCUCUUUCUUUUACUUUCAAAACCCAGUUUUCCCCCCAACUCUGACAUCAUUCCUCUUCCUCUUUUGUCCUGGAGUGUCAACCAAUACUUCUUGGCAAACAGCUGCUGUAUCCUAAUCCAACUGCAUGUAAUGCAUAUUUGUUGCAGACCUAAAGAAGUUGCUAAUCCAUCAGCAAUUUAAACAAAUCAAACAGAACUAGGUCUCUUCAUUUAACCUCACUCCAAAUUUGAAUUAUUUUUAUUAAUUACCAGAAAUAAUUCCUUUUCACCAUAUAAAACACCUUUUAGUAAUGAUCUUUUUAACUUUGAUAUUAUUUACUUUAAGACAUUUUAGUUUAGAUGCUAGUGUACGGAUUGUGGAAAUGGUAGGUUAUAGAAAAGAGGAGACAUUGAAAAUGCAGUGUAUGAAUAUAAAUGAUUCUGCAUUGAUAAAAUAAAUAAUACUCCCCGCCAUGGCAUUAUAUUUCUUUGUUGUGGUGCUGUGAGACAGGAAGCUAUGCUGCUGGUAGUACUGCUACUGAUAGGGUGUCUCAUGUCAGACAGGCUUUUUCUAAAUGUGCCAAGCAGUUACCCAACAGAAGCUGUAGUGGGAGGUGACACUGGCAGAGAAUUUCUCAGUAAAAACAAGAGUGUCACCAUAGCUAGUGUUAGUACCAGGCAGAAGAUGAUAACAGUCCAUCACUUUUGAAUGUUUUUUUUUAACCAUGAAAGCCCUAUGAUGAAACAAUCCAAAAUAAAACAAGAUGAUGAAUCCACCAGGGCCAAAUGCACUCAAUGAACUACUGGGAAGACCAGAAGAGUAGUCAUACAUGUCUUCUGCUGUUGCUAAUUAUGCAGUGAGCUUCAGCCUUUGACGUGCUCAGAGGUCUGCACAACACAUGUCAUACUUAUAGGAACAGUAGCUUUGUCCAGGCACGCGUUGCUGUGGCUUAUGGGAAUCCUUGUUUGGUGAGCUGGAAUGCAAUGGAAUAGGCUUGCCGCUAGGAAGGCUAGGUACUUGUGUUCUAGGGGAAUGGUUUUUUGGGCUGCUAGAAUUGCAAUGAAUAGCCUCUGCUUCAAAGCCUGGCUGCUUGCUACCUAAGGGAAUCUUUGGUUGGUCAGCUUCAAUAGUACAGAGUAGUAUCACUGCUUCAGAGCCUGGCCGCCUUCUACCAAGGUUAAUCCUUUGUUGGCCUGUUCAAAUUGCACUGAAUAGCCUUGCAGCUUCAAUGCCUGGCUGUGUUAUAACUAUUGGAAUCCCUGUUUGGCGACCUGGAGUAGCACCCUCAAUCAUAGAAUCAUAGAAUAGUAGAGUUGGAAGAGACCUCAUGGGCCAUCCAGUCCAACCCUCCGCUAAGAAGCAGGAAUUCAAAGCACCCCUGACAUAUGACCAUCCAGCCUCUGCUUAAAAGCCUCCAAAGAAGGAGCCGCCACCACAGCCUGGGGGAGAGAGUUCCACUGUCGAACAGCUCUCACAGUGAGGAAGUUCUUCCUGAUGUUCAGGUGGAAUCUCCUUUCCUCUAGUUUGAAGCCAUUGUUCCGUAUCCUAGUCUGCAGGGCAGCAGAAAACAAGCUUGCUCCCUCCUCCCUAUGACUUCCCCUCAUAUAUUUGUACAUGGCUAUCAUGGCUAUCAGGUUAUAGUAAAGAGGAGACAUUGAAAAUGCAGUGUAUGAAUAUAAAUGAUGCGCUUUGAAGCCUGGCUACUUCCUUUGUAGGGGAAUCAUUGUUUGGCCAGCUUGAAUUGCACUGAAUAGUCUUGCAGCUUAAAAGCCUGGCCGCUUUCUACAUAGUGGCAUCCUUCGUUGGCCAGGUUGAAUGGGAAGGAGUAGCCUCGUGGCUUCAAAGCCUGGGGGUUUUUCACCUAGGGGAAAUCUUGGUUGGCCAGGAUGAACAGCACUGAAUGGCUUAGCUGCUUGCAUGCCUGGCCGCUUUCUACCUUGCAGAAUCCUUGGUUGGCCAAGUUGAAUAGCAAUUAAUAGUCUCGAUGCGGCAGGUGUGAAUGCUGUAGUUAGCCACCUUGAUUAGCAUUUAAUGACCUUGCAGCUUCAAAGCCUGUCUGCUUCCUGCCUGAGGGAAUCCUUUGUUGGGAGGUGUUAGCUGGCCCUGAUUGUUUCCUUUCUGGAAUUUCCAAUUUCCCUGCUUUCAGAGUGUUGCUCUUUAUUUACUGUCCUGAUUUUAGAGAUUAUAUUGUUCUGUAUUAUUAUACCACAGUAAUUAUUACAUAUUAUAUUUAUAAUCUUAUAUUUUCUGCUUAGAACUGGAUUAUAUGAGGCCCCUCCUACACAACUGUAUAAAAUCCACACUGAACUGGAUUAUAUGGCAGUGUGAACUCUAGAUAAUCCAGUUCAAAGGAAAUACUGUGGAUUAUCCUGCCUUGGCAUUCUGGGUAAUAUAGCUGUGUGGAAGGAUCUUUAGCCUACACUGCCAUAUAAUCCAGUUCAAAUCAGAUAAUCUGUAUUUUAUAGGCUGUGUCGAAGAGGCCUAACUGCCUGUGCCCUGGGUGCCAUCUUGGCUGAGGGAGUUGCUAGGACACUAAAGGGGCGGGGCGUAAAGGCAGCGCGCGGGGGGGGGGGGUGGAUUAUAGGCAGCAGAGCCUACUUUUCUAACUGGCCGUUAAGGGGAGAAAAGCUCUUCCUCAUCCUCUGUAAUUUGGACUAUUUUUCUAGGGUUUUUUAUAUUUUGGAUGACUAUGUCUUUUGUGGCCAAAUUUGGUGUGAUUGGGUUUAGUGGUUUUGUUGUUUACUCCAUAGUAAAACAAUCAUUACAUUUUUAUAUAUAUAGAAGGAAUGUGAGAAGCAUGAAUUGGGCUAGCUAGACUUUAAAACAAGGAAUGGAAUGUAUGAACAAACCAGUGCAUAGGAAUUGAAUAUUUUGAGUCAGAUAAUUAUACAACUUUUUACUCAAGUAAUGAAAAUCUACAAAGAAAUUGAAUUACAUUAAUAGUGAGGAGAAAUGUAGCAACAACAAGCAAGGGAUAUCAUGCAAAGUCUUUCCAGAUAAUAUCAACAAAACUUCAAGAAAAACCCACAAUCCAGGUUUAUGCUCCCAACUGAAAAGGGAGGAUUUAUUUUACUUUUUAUUAACUUUUCAAAAAAGCAAUAUUAGUAAUAUUAAUACAAACAAUUUUAGCAUUUUAAUGAAAAUUCAAUCCUUUUAAUUUCACAUUUUAUACCUCAUUUCAAUAUAUUUCCUAUUUUUCUUUUAAUCUAGAUGGAUCGUAUUGUAUUUCAAUAUUUUUUCUAUAUCUUAUUGUAUUUCCCCUUCAUUCUCAAUGUUCUUAUUUCACCAAUGUAUCCCCCCUACUUAAGGAAAAAUCUGUAGUUCAAUUCUUCCAGAGUUCACAGUUCAUUUAUCACAGUCCAUUCUCAGUGGGGGGAUUUUGUACAGUAGGACAUUCCUCAAAAAGCAGAUUACCUAUUUGGUUUUAGCAUGUUUCUACCAUCAGAAUGGGCUCCCAUGCAGUGCAUGUAGGCUUUGCUUGUCUGUUUGAACAAAACCUAAAGGCUUUGAUAUCUUUUUUCCCGCAGUUCUGUGUGAAAUUCUUUGUUUUCCCUCUUUCUAAAGAUAAGUUUGUAUCCACUUUCCUAUUUCGGUCACAUCUAUGUACACAGUCUGUUUUUGGGAAUCUGCUUUUUCCCCCCUUCCAAUUCCUUUGUGGUCUUUAUUAUUUGUUAUUAUUGUCCUUUCCCACUUUUGAACUGAUAAUUCUUGAUCAGUCCGUUGUACUAUAUCUUCUCUUCCUGCUCUUUCUCUUGUUCUUUUUUAUAAUUUAUUUUGUAACUGUAAAGAUUUGUUUGGAUUCUUUUAUUAUGUUUUACCAGUAAAUAACAUAAAUGACUUGAAAUUGCUUACUUCUUAUCUCUGCAUUGGAAUAUGAACUGUUUUUAUCUAGGAUAAAAUCUUUAUAGUCAUGAGUAUUUCAUCUUUAUCUUUGAGGUAUCACACUUAUUAAUAAAAUGCUUUUAAACUUGUGAAGGAAUUUUCAUCUCCACAAGACAAUAAAAAUAAGGGGUGGUCUCAUUUUUUACAACACGUAGAAGCUCCUAGAGAAGUGCACUUGGAAAGGACCAGAUGCAGAGCUUUUUCUAUUUCUGCCCCUGCCUUAUGGAAUGCCUUGCCGCCCUAUAUGAGAGCCAUGCGUGAGUUAGGGCCUUUUACCCUAGCACUCAAGACCUGGCUCUUUACUAGAGCUUUUAAUCUAUGUUAAUUUUAUUAAUAUUUGUAUGUAUGUAUUUUUAUCCUUUACAAUUUUAUCUUGUAAAUCGCCUAGAGCAUUGUGGAUGGAGGGCGAUUAAUAAGUAAUUAAAUGAUGAUGAUGAUGAUUAUGAUGAUUAUGAUUAUGAUUAUGAUGAUGGAAGCUUGUUGAUUAUUCAUAAAUCUUCUGGUCAAAUUUAGACAGAUUUCUUUUUAGAAGUAAAAAAAAAUUGCCUUAAAUUAAGGAGAUUCCCAGUCUUCACUCUUCUUUUAUGUUGAUUUAUUAAGCUAAUGAAAGGUUGGUUUCCUGGAGCAUUUAAGCUUAAAAUCAGGGGAAAUGUUUGCAGAGAGGCUAAAGAUGGCUGGGCCAAGCCACUUGUCUUUUCUGUGACCACUACUCCCUAAUGGAUUCAUAUACCACUAUUGGCUCUUGUACAUAAUACUUGCAUUCUUAUAUUCCUAAAACGAGAGGGGGUUUUUUCGGUUUUAGAGCUGCAAAAUUGGCUUUUCUCUACAAAUUGCAUCAUUCCCACAUUGAGUCAAAGUAAGAGGGAACUUUUGGCUUUUAGCUCCACCACCUGAGAUCUGCAGAGGAGAACACUGAAAUAUUCUUUGCUGGAGUCAGGAGGAAAUUGCUUGCACAUCAGACAGAAUAUGUUGAUGAUCAUAAAUGACUUGAACAAAACAAAAGUAGGGGAAAAAAGCAACAUCAAAUGUUAAUUGAAGGAUUUGGUUUAGAAUCAAGAAAUUAAGCAGAAGAGCAACUGAUGGAAUUUCAUGAUGCCAGCAGUUUGUUCGUUGUUGCUUUUUUUUUCAUUUUUAGCACCUUUUGGGGGGCGACCAUGAGCAUCAUCUAAUGGCCAAAACAAAAAUAAAAUAGACUACCACAAUUGGAGCAGAAAAUAAAGAAGCUCUAUUCUCUCUGCAAAAAACGACCAGAAACAGAUCAUGGUACAAACCAUGAACUGUUAAUAUAAAAAAUAGAAUAACGCUAAAGGAGAACAUUGAAUCAAUCAUCAUUUCAAUAUACCACCUGAGGACAUCCCUGUGAAAAUAUUUAAAAACCAGUAAGCUGUGGAAGGAAGAGAUGCCAGACAUUCCAGGGUCAAGGGAUGCAUAAAUCAGAAUCAAGAUUCCAGGGAAUCCUGGUAGCCAAGUCCUUAAACAGUCCAGGAGUCAUAAAUAUGAUAAGCAUACUUUAACAAGCCAAAGUGUCAAAAGGAAGACUAAAGCAAGGGGAAAUACUGUAGAAGUACUGCAGCAAUUAAUGCUGAGAAAUAUAAUUGUGGGAUGCAGCAGCUAAAAAAAGCUUAUGAGAUUCUUGGCUUUAUCAGUAGAAGUAUAUGUCUAGGGAAGUAAUAGUACUACUCUGUUGUUCUUUGGUCAGACCUCAUCUGGAAUACUGUGUUCAGUUCUUGGGGCCACAAUUCAAGAAGCAUAUUGGCAAGAUGGAAUGUGUUCAGAGAAAGGUGAUCAAAAUGGUAAAAGAUCUGGACGCCAUUCCCAAUAAAGCUUGUGUAUAGCCUGAAGAAGAGAAUAAGAGGUGGCAUAAUAUUUAAAUAUUUGAAAGGGUGCCAUUUCUCUACAAUAUUUUUUAUUAAUUACUACAUUUUACUACAUAAAAGAACACAUAAGGAAUAACAGCACUACUUACCUAAACCCACCCUUCUCAUUAAUAUUAAAUGCUAUAUGCUAGUUUUAAUCACAAUCCAAUGUUGAAAUCUAUCACAAAACUCUGUGCAUCUUUCUUCUUACCUAUAGGUUUUUUUCUUAUGAAUAUUGGUAUUUAUCCAAUUCUGCACAUUCCUUUACUAUAUUUUAUCAAUUGCAAGGCUGGAGCCUCCGGUGGCCUAGGGGAUAAAAGCCUUGUGACUUGAAGGUUGGGUUGCUGACCUGAAGGCUGCCAGGUUCAAAUCCCACCCAGGGAGAGCGCAGAUGAGCUCCCUCUAUCAGCUCUAGCUCCAUGCGGGGACAUGAGAGAAACCUCCCACAAAGAUGGUAAAUCAUCAAAACAUCCGGGCAUCCCCUGGGCAACGUCCUGGCAGACGGCCAAUUCUCUCACUCCAGAAGCAACUCUGGUUGCUCCUGACACGAAAAAAAAUUGUUAGGCAUACCCAUUUAAGAGACAGCCCAAAAGACAAAUCAAUGGGUCCUAGAGCAGGCAAGCCUUAACCCUCCCCCAAUUUAGCCAAAAUGACUAAAUUGAGAUUGUCUUAAUUUGGACAUAUCAUGAGAAGACAUGACUCAUAGAGAAAAGACAAUAAUGCUUGACAAGGUAGAAAAGAGGAAGACCAUAUUACAGGUGAAUACAGUCAAAAAAAUCAUGGGCAUGUGUUUGCUAUACCUGAGCUGGGCUGUUGGGAGACUUUGAGGACUUGAUGAUAGCAAUUAAAAAUAUAAAAGUAUAACACUAAUCAAAUCUUCAGUUACUAUUUGGUCCCAUUGUGCUUUGAGUCUAAUCACUAAAAUAUGAAUAGAAUUAAAUACUUCAUACAAAAUCUUAUCCUUUCUAUGAUUCUAUUUUUGCCUGCAUUAUAAACAGCUGUAAGGGAAAAAGUAAUAUUAUAUACCAGGAUAUCUCUAUUUUGGAAUUUAUCAUGGUGGUAAUGCAACUGGAAAUUGCACUAACAUCUCAGAGGCUGUUUACCAUAUUUGUACCCCAUCCUUCUCAACCCCGAGGGGGACUCAGAGCAGGCUCACAUGUCGGCAACAAUUCAGUGCCUUAAAAUAAUAUACAAUUGGUAAACAUCUACAUUAAAACCAGGGAAUGAAAACAUCUCAAAAUAAUUGCAUCAAUUAUUAAAAUAUUAUAUUAUAUAUAUAAUGUUAUAAUGUAAUACAAUAUUAUACUACUAAUAAUAUAAUAUUAAUUAUAAAUUAUAUAUUAAAGGUAAUAUUACUAAUAAUAUUACCAUAUAAUGAUAUAGUACAAUAUAGUAAUUUAAUGCUUCUAUUGUGCUAUCCUAAUAAUAUAUUGUAUGUACGUUUGAUUUGUAAGCCGCUCUGAGUCCCCUCCGGGGUGAGAAGAGCGGGAUAUAAAUGUAAUAAAUAAAAUGGCAUAAUCUGAAGUCGUAAUUCAGGGCCAUUCCAAUUGUCAUUGCACAGAUUCUAUGUUUAUUUAUUGCACUGCAGUUAUUCUCCAAAAAUUUGGUCCUAUAGCCAUGUUUUAACUAGAUCUACACUGCCAUAUAAUACUGUUUCAGAAUGCAGAUUAACUGCAUUUAACUGGAUUAUAUGAGUCAACACUACAAUAUAAUCCAGUUCAACGCAGUUAAUCCGUAUCCGGAAACUGCAUUUUUUGGCAGUGUAUAUCCAGCCUUAAUAGCAAAUGUGCCUUCAAAUUACCUUUUGAUUUAUGAGGCUUGAAAUAUUCUGAGGUUGAUUGUCAGGUUUUUUCCCUCUUAAACAUGGUCUAUAGCACCUGGUAUCCAUUGGUAAUCUGUCAUCAAAGUUCUAACCAGGGCUGACCCUGCUUAGCUUCCAAGAUAAGAUGGUAUCUAGUGACUUCAUGAUAUUUAGAUCAUUUCAUCUAAAUUAAUGCAGGACUAGCCAUGACAAGGAUAGAUGAUUUACUAAAGGAGCACAGUAUUUAGGGUUGCUAUUAAAGAGCAACAAACUGUCAAAUGAUUUAGUUUUUUUGCCACUAGUCGGGGUUGUGGGGAAAUUCUAGAUCUUUUAGGUCACCAAGGCUGAGUAAUUCUGCUACAGGAUCUCCUUUCUCUGAAAAAUCCUGGAUGUCCCACAACAAGCCUUAUCUCCUAAAUAAUUUUCUAUGUACCUACCAAAGAUGAACGGACCGGCGACUAGAAUUACAAUAUAAUGACAAAGGGAAAAUGGUGGCUUCACCUCAAUACCUAGGUCUUUUGGACAAGAAUCAGAAUAUUUCCAGAAGGUUUUGGAGGGCAUCUUGAUUGCUUAUUUGUUUGGAUUCUGUGGCUCAUGCAGUAAAGCUUUCCCAGCAUGCAAGAAAUACUCCCAGCAUGUGCGUGUGUAUGUGCAUAUGCACACACAUUUUUAGAUCAUGACAAGACAAGUUAGCACAAGGGAUUAUUAUAUUACCUAGGUGUUGUGUGAGAUACAGGGAAGUAUCUUUGUUUUGUUGGCACUUCUCCCCCUUUCAGCUUCUUAGAGAUAUUUUGCUAUGAUCCUGCAUCAUUUCUAUUCUUCCCCUCCCAACUAAUCUUUUUGUUAAUGCCAAAAAAGGGAAGUAACAUUAUUAAUGUCAACAAAAGCAUGUCAGUGUAUCCAUUCUAACACAAAAGGAUUUCUUUAAUGUAUUGUGUGCCCAUUACAUACUUAGAGCAUAGGGAUUUUAGGAAGACUAGACAGAACCCACUGGGUUUUCUCAUAGAGAAGUUUUAUGCAAAUGAGUGGAAGCACUGCAGGAACCUGAUAAUGAUCUUGCUCAGUUGUUAUGUUCCACAGGAGAACACCCUAACAGAUGCUAUCAUCUGUGUCCAUAACAAUAUGUAUCAUAUACAUUGUAUCUUUCAAUGUUUCUCUUGUUUGGAUCCCCACCUUUGGACUGACUAGUUAACAUUAGGUGCAACACCUAUUGACUGGAUACAUUUUAUUUUGGUUUUUAAAGUAAAUAGGAGUAAAUUAGCUAUUUGGUCAGUGAAAUUAAAAUAAUUAUAAGCAAUCUGUGUAAUGGCAUAAGAAAACACAAAUGAUUUCUUGAUAUAAUUGAAUGACCUUGAAAAAACAGACCAAGGUUUUUACAGGGAAAACCUACUACUUUCACAACCAUGAUAUUCCUGUGAGGCUUAAAUAAUUAUGGCUGUUAAAGGCUCUAUGUGCCCAGAAGACAGAUGUCACAUAAAGAAAAAUCUAAGUGUGUGGUUCCUUUUUGCAUUCUCUCAAAAUGAGCUCCCUAUAUAAUAUACAGGAAUGGGGUAUUCUGAGGAGUGAGCAAAAUAAUUUCCAGUGGCUUUCUUAGAUUAGCCCUUGUAAAUGUAUGGGUAUUUUUACAGUCAUGAUUAUGGCCAAAUGUACUAUUUAUUUAUUAAUUUGUUUCCUAGGAAUUUCAGGGACUAAUCCAAAUCCUCAUGAAGGCUGUGAGAACUUUUCAAUCAUGAAACUAAGGGGGACCUCUAAAAUACUUAUUCACAUUUACUGACUAUUUUGUCAUUGUAGAAUCUCUGUAGCUUUUUUAUGGGCACAUGAAGGACUUGCUAAGCACCAGAUAGCAUGGUGUGGUAAUUUGCACAUUGGACUACAGCUCUGGAGACCAGGGUUCAAAUCCCUGCUCAGCCAUGGAAACCCACCUGGGUGGCCUUGGGCAAGUCAUAUACUUUCCACCUCACAAGAAAACAACGGCAAACUUCCUCUGAACUAGUGCAAGUCUACAUUGGCUGGUAAAUCCAAGACCAGACCAGACUAGAAAUGCUCCAGACUGACCACAGGGGUGUUCACAUAGAUCAUCCAAAAUCUGCAGCAGCAGCCCAUCAGAGUCCACAACCUGAGUGAGAUCACAUGAGCCCCACUGGACCAUUACUUUACUGUCCUUGUAGUUAUCACCACUUUCAGAUGGCUGCAGAGCUCAUUGUGACUGCCCAACCUCGUGCUGACAUCAGCAGUUCAUGUGAUCAGAAAGAAGGAGGGUGCUGAUCUCCCCUCCUUCCUAGUUGUGUGGGCACUUGCUGAUGUUCGCAUGGGGCACCUGUGUUGGCCAGGAUCUUACAGAGUUCUAUUUUAAUCUGGGAGCAGCAAUGGCAGCAACAUGGUCCAACAUGGACACAGUCUGCUUCCUUUUCCUUUGCUCUGAUGAACACAAGGAAAGGGAGAUAACAGCAGUGCCUAUGUGGACAGCAGACUCAUCUGAAUUGAACCUGAUGCUGAAUUCCACACUGCCCCAAAGCUCCGGGUCUCCCCCCAAAUGUUCCUAAUGCAGAGCUAAACCAGAUUAAUCCACUUUAUCGUAAGAGUCCAUUUCGUUACUAUAACGAAAGUAACAUUUUUUGUUACUACAGUAGAGCCCCGGUUAAACGAGCUCCGGUUAACCGAGGCUCUGUAUUAUUCGAGGCACCGGCAGGGGUGCCCCUCAUAGAAUCAUAGAAUCAUAGAAUAGUAGAGUUGGAAGAGACCACAUGGGCCAUCUAGUCCAACCCCCUGCUAAGAAGCAGGAAAUCGCAUUCAAAGCACCCCCGACAGAUGGCCAUCCAGCCUCUGCUUAAAAGCCUCCAAGGAAGGAGCCUCCACCACGGCCCCAGGGAGAGAGUUCCACUGUCGAACAGCUCUCACAGUGAGGAAGUUCUUCCUGAUGUUCAGGUGGAAUCUCCUUUCCUGUAGUUUGAAGCCAUUGUUCCGUGUCCUAGUCUGCAGGGCAGCAGAAAACAAGCUUGCUCCCUCUUCCCUAUGACUUCCCUUCACAUAUUUGUACAUGGCUAUCAUGUCUCCUCUCUCCCUCUCCCUCGUCUUCUCUCAAGUUCUAGAGAAGGAGAGGGAGACAGAGGAGGAAGCGCCCCGUGAUAGCUGCUGCCUAGCAGCGAUGGCAAGGCACAUCCUAAAGGGUGAGGCCUCACCAAGGGAUGUCCCUUGGCCCAGGCAAGCGCCUCGCCAUCACUGCUGCCUAGACAGCAGCGAUGGCGAGGCGCUUCCCAAGGGGCGAGGCCUCGCCCUAUCCAAGCCGUUCAGUUAUCCGAGAUGGAGCCCGCCCCUUUAUCUCGGAUAACCAGGGCUCUACUGUAUUUCAUUAAGUAAUUGCACAGGUGGCUUCUGUGGCUCCUUUCUCAAUCAUUUUUAGAGCUAUUUGAGUGAAACUUGCUAGAAUGGUAGAAUAUAUUCCCCCCCCCCCCCCAAAUUUCAGAUUUUUUAAGGAAAUUCUUUAAGUUUUUACAAAAAAUUUUUUAAAAAAUAUAUGAAAAACAAGAGGUAUGAAUUUCUCUACAAUUAUAUAAUAUAGCCAGGACAUAAUCCCCCCCCCCCCCAAGAUUCAGAAAGAUUAGUAUAUCUCUUAAUUCAUUUUUUGUCCAAAAAAAUUAAAUCUUUUUUAGCUGCCAUGGCUAUCUGGAGUGUGGUGGGAUGAGGUGAGGUGGGGUUGGGUGGGGCAAGGGCCACACUUGGAGGACAAGACAUAUUUUCCACUGCAAGCAAGCCCAUUCAGCCCUUUGGCUCAAUUCACACAGAUAGCACAGCAGUAGCACUAGAAAGUGUGACAAAGAAGGCUUGUGCCUGACUGAAACAACUUCUUGUAUGCUUUUAGUCUCAAUUCACACAGAUAACACAGCAGUAGAACUAAAAAAUGUUGCAAAAAGGCUUGUGCCUGCGUGAAACUAUUUGUUAUGUAGUGGUUGUUCGCUGCCAAUGCACUCAGCAGCCCCAUAGCCCUCAAAAAUGUUCUUAAAGGCCGCAAAAAGAUAAAACAGUAGUAAGGCAAAAGGUCCCCCCCCCC